GUCGCCCAUCCCCAAUUGCUUUGCUUGCCCCCGUCCUUGCCAAAGUCAUCAUGCUGGGAGGGUCCGCUCUCACCGGGCGUGGCGUCCUGCCCGCCGUCGCCCGCCAGCGCUUCUCUGCGCUAUCUCGCUCCACUCGUUCGAUGUCCUCAUUCCGCCCCCAGGUCUCGAGAACCGCUGGACGCUCCGGACUCCUGAAUCAGACGCUGACUGGCGCUCGCUCCUGGCGCCCUGCCCCUGCCGUCCUCGGUGUGUCCGCCGCCCGCUUCAACUCCACCGGAGUCACCCCAGAGACGACCGCCUCCUGGGCAAACACCCAGCCCGAAGACUUGGGUGUCUUGUCUUUUUUGGAUAUCUCCUCGAUCCCGGAGAAGAUUGGAUACUUGAAGGAGGUCGGGCUGGACUUUGGCUGGGGACCAUCCGCCGUUAUAGAAUUCUUCGUGGAACACUUCCAUAUCUGGGGCGGUCUCCCCUGGUGGGGUAGUAUUGUCGCAACCGGUAUCCUGCUUCGUAUCGCCCUCGUUAAGCCGAUGAUGGGCGCGGUGGACACAAGCACCCGGAUGAACAACAUCAAGCCCCUCAUGGAUCCGCUUCGGGCGAAGAUGACGCUCUACCAAAGCCAGGGAAAGUUGAACGAACUGGCGGUCGUUCGGGAGGAGAUGACCCAGCUGCAAAAGACUCAUGGCGUCAAUCCCUGGAAGUCGUUUGUUCCGAUGCUGCAAAUCCCCUUCGGAUUCGGCUGUUACCGCGUCGUGAAGGCUAUGGCCGUAUUGCCGGUUCCUGGGCUGGCCGCGGAGUCGGUUGGCUGGAUUACCGACCUCACCGUUGCUGAUCCGUUCUUCAUCCUUCCGCUACUCACCUCGUACUUCAUGUUUCUCUCUUUCAAGAGAGGAGGAGAGCAGGGCAACAACCCGAUGAACAGCAAAACCACCUUUGGCUCCGCGGUCCUCUACGGUCUGCCCGCGAUCUCAUUUGCAUUCAUGGCCUUCUUCCCCAGCGCCCUCCAGCUCUACUUCGUCUCCACCGGUCUGUUCGGCCUGCUACAAGCCUAUCUGGUCCACUCGCCGGCCUUCCGGUCAUGGGCCAAGAUCGCCCAGAACCAGCCCAUCGAGGUCGACGCCUCGAAACAAGCCGAGGCCAUCCGCAUGCUCACCGACCAAAUGGAGGCGGAGCGUGCCAGGCUGCAGGAGCAGCAAACGACCCAGUCCCGCCUGCAGCUGAGUCUCAUUGACCGUUUCCUGAACAACGCUAAGACCGCCAAGACGAAUCUCGUCAAGGAGACGACGGAGAAGAUCAACGAGAUCCGCGGCGCCGGCCCCGCCAAGAACGCGGACGGCUCCUUCGCCGAGCCCCCGCGCCUCAGCGAGAAGGACCGCAAGCUGGCCGACGACUACGAGAAGCGCCGCCGCGAGGAGGAGGAGUGGAAGCGCGAGGAGCGCAAUCACAGCCGCCGCAGGGCUCACCAGCAGGCGAUGGAGCAGCAGCGCGAGAAGGCCCGGUCCGCCUUCAAGCCCCCCCGCAAGGAGUAAGUGUUAUGUAUGACCUGGCAGGCGUGAUGGCUCGAGCGAGUUGAUUGUUGUAUUUCCCUUGUAUAUUAUUGCUACGGUCCCGUUCUCCUCUUUGUUUUUCUACCUUGGAUUUGUAUAGAGGUCGUGGUUCGAUCUCCGUGUCGUGUCCCGUCUCGGUUCUGUCAUAGACGGGUGGACACCCUUUCUUAUUCAUCCCUUUCCCCCCUUGUGUUCCUCAUAUAGUCGUCUCUGCAUAGAGAAUGAGAACGGUCGGGUAUAGACUUGGAG